AUGUUUGCCCGCAGUGCACUCCGCGUUGCUCGCGUCGCUGCCACCCCUUCAGUUCCCAAGGUCUCUCGUGCCGCUUUCUCUGCUGCUACGAAGCUGAGAAAUGCCGAGUUUGUCGGCGAGAAGAAGGUUCCAGUUGUCACCUACACUCAUGGUGAGGCUCAACGAUCGACUUUCAUCGUCGACCAGGAUCAGGCCAAGUCCGACCCAGACGCUGUCAUUCCUUUGAGCCAGGAGGUCUAUAAUGCCAUGACUCCCAGCCUUCAGAAAAUGACCAUUAUGGGCAAAACGGUUAUUGUCACUGGUGCCGCUCGUGGUCUCGGUAACAUGAUGGCUCGGGCUUGCAUUGAGGCAGGUGCUAAGAACAUGAUCAUCUUCGAUGCCAAUCCAGAGCUCGGUGUUGCCUCUGCGGCUGAACUUCACAAGGCUACUGGCUCCACGAUUCCGGUUGAAUUCUUCCCAAUUGAUGUCCGUGAUGCCGUUGCUAUUGAGCAGGCUGUCGCUGCCAUCACUGAGAAGUAUGGAGCUCCUGAUAUCUUGAUCAACAGUGCUGGUAUUGCCGACUCCAACAUUCCGGCUGAGAAGUACGACCACGAGAUGUGGCGCCGUCUUAUUGACAUCAACCUGAACGGUUCAUUCUUCAUGUCCCAAUCCGUUGGCAAGGCUAUGAUGGCUGCCAACAAGCCCGGAUCCAUCGUCUUGGUCGCCUCCAUGUCCGGCUCCAUUGUCAACUACCCACAAGAGCAGUCAUGCUACAAUGCAUCAAAAGCUGGUGUUAUCCAGUUUGGAAAGUCUCUUGCGGCAGAAUGGGCUAAAUACAACAUCAGAGUCAACUGUAUCUCUCCAGGAUACAUGGACACUGCGCUCAACAACGUCCCAAAGCUCGACGGACAGAAGAAGAUCUGGAAGUCCCUGACUCCACAAGGCCGUCUCGGUGCGGUUACAGACCUCAACGGACUCGCCGUCUUCCUCUCCUCGGACGCUUCCGCCUACAUGACGGGCGCUAACGUUGCGAUUGACGGAGGCUAUACCCUUUACUAA